CAGUACCAACAAUCGACCGAAAAACAACAGUCGACUUUCCAAAGUGCGUAACCACUUUGUCAAUAAUAAAAUUCCAAUUAACAGAAUUAUCACCAAACGUCAAAGAUAAACUCGCGAAAUUUCUGGUUUAAUUUUAGCACAACUAUAAAAUUUACAUGAAUUACCAAACUCCUAGCCAGAAAUAGCACCCACAAAUAAGCAUGUCAACAAAGUUUCGGACUUUUAUAUAAACGCUGGCAAUUUUUUUCGGUUAGUUAUAUUUGCGGCGUUGCCACGAACGGCGGCGCGAUGGUGAAGCUAACAAUGAAAAUGCCUACCAAACCGAAAACCGCCCACAAGGAACCCAUCGAGCUCGAGGUGGGUACGGUAUCCGAAGAGAUCGAGGUACCGGUCGCGUCGGAAGUCGUCUUCAGGAAGAACUGGAGGAUCAAGCGCUUCCACAAGACCAUCGCCAAGAGAGACUUCGUGGAUAGUCCUGUUUUCAGAUGUUCGGUUAACGGGAUGACCACGUUCUGGAACAUCUCGGUCAGAUUCUGGAAAGGCCCCAAUGGCAAGAAAAUCACCAACCCCUUGGUGGUAUGUUUAAAUUUAACCGGAUGCGAGACCGAGGAAACCGGCCAAGCAAGAGUAAGAUUCCAAUUUGGGGUAUGGGACGCGAGCAUCAAACACUGGGAAUGCUGCCCCAUCUCCAGCGUGGUCCUAAAUCUCCAAAACAGCCAAGAAUUGCUCUCUGUAGGUUAUAAAAGCUUAGGAAUUCUAGACAGGCAUUUAGAUAGCUCCAAAGACGUCAGUAUUAUGCUGAAAUUGCAAAUAAUCCAGAGCGACGAGGAGGUCCAUAGUUUAUCCCAGGACAUGGCCAGGCUGCUCUCGAAGGCCGACGACAAAGACACGGUCGUCGAAUGCGCCUCCAAGGAAGGGGAAUCCCCCAUCAAGGUUCACAGCUGGAUCGUGCGAACUCGAAGCGGGAAGCUCGCGGCGAAACUGCAAAAGUGCGAAGACGAUAAGCUGCCGAACAUCAAGUACAAACUAGAUCUGUCAGAUUUCCAACACUGUUUAAUAACGGAACUCGUGCGAUAUAUUUACACAGACAAAGUUGAUAACGCCGACACCCAUGCAAACAAGCUGUUGCCUCUGUCAACAAGAUACCAACUGCCAGGAUUAACUGCACUAUGCGAAAGGACGCUCCUUGAAAGUCUCACGCCGAGCAACGUUGCCAACAUACUCCUUUUGGCCGACCAGUGCCGCUGCGAGAACCUGAGAAAGGCAGCGUUGCAUUACUGCGAAAAUUCCGAGGAGAUCAAAGAGAGCGUCCACAUAGGCAAAACUUUGGCGUGGAGAGUAAUGGAGAUGGUCAACCCUGAUCUAUUUCUGGAGGCGUGCGAAAGUUUCGGGAGUUCGUCGAGCAAUUUGGACAGCCCUGGGACGCCGGGGUCUUGGAGUGAUUAAACUCGUCUCAGUUUAGUUAAUUUAUUUAUUGCUCAUUUAAGUACAAAUACUUUUUUGAAUUUUUUCGAAAGAUCUGUGUUAUUUAUUAUUAUUAACUAUUUGUCGUCGUUAUUAGGGCUCCGUUAUUUGUAAAUCAUGUGAUGUAUAUAUUCGUAACGCUACUCUUAAUUUGUUACAAGAUUUAUGGCUGUAUUACGAACUUAUCUGUAUACUUUUAUAUAAUUUUUAUAUUGCUUUAAUGAUGUCAAGAUGUUAUAUUAACAGUCUUAUUUAUAAUGUUAUGUAAAGCUUUCUUCUAAGAAUCAUAUAAUUGAUUGAAAAUGUUGUAUAAGAUGAUAUUAAAUUAUUUCUUUUCAAAACC